CUGAGCAUCAGAGGUGUACAGGAGGAGGACCCUCCAGAUCCCCAGAUCAUGCGUCUGGAUAACAUGCUGCUGGCCGAGGGAGUGUCUGGGCCUGAGAAGGGCGGCGGGUCAGCAGCGGCGGCCGCAGCUGCAGCAGCGGCUGGAGGAUCACCUAACGACGGCAGCAUCGAGCACUCCGACUACAGAGCCAAACUCGCACAGAUCCGCCAGAUCUACCACUCCGAACUAGAGAAAUACGAACAGGCCUGCAGUGAGUUCACCAAUCACGUGAUGAACCUGCUGAGGGAACAGUCCCGCACACGGCCUAUCUCGCCCAAAGAGAUCGAGCGCAUGGUGGCCAUCAUCCACCGCAAGUUCAGCUCCAUCCAGAUGCAGCUCAAGCAGAGCACCUGUGAGGCCGUCAUGAUCCUUCGCUCUCGCUUCCUCGAUGCCAGACGUAAGAGACGCAACUUCAAUAAGCAAGCCACAGAGGUGCUGAAUGAGUACUUCUACUCUCACCUCUCCAACCCUUACCCCAGUGAAGAAGCCAAGGAAGAGUUGGCCAAGAAAUGUGCUAUCACUGUCUCUCAGGUCUCGAAUUGGUUUGGCAACAAGAGAAUUCGGUACAAGAAGAACAUUGGUAAGUUCCAGGAGGAAGCAAACCUGUACGCCGUUAAAACAGCCGUGGACGCUGCCAAUGUGUCGGCACAGGCCAGCCAGGCAAACUCUCCAGCAACACCCAACUCAGGGUCGUCUGGGUCGUACACCCUCUCUCACGCAGGAGACGCCUUCCUCGGGCUGCGUUCACUCAACGGGGAUGGCGUCAGCGUCACUCCCGCUGUGCAGCAGCAGCAGCAGGUGGAUAUCCUGCACCGUGCUACACACCUGACGGCAGGCUAUGAAGAUCUGUCAGGAAGUCCUCUUUACACCCCACACCGUCUAGAUGCUAACAACAGCUGGCAAGACAACACCAACCCUUCCUCCAUCACCUCUCCACCAGGACCACCUGGCAGCAUCCACUCGGACACCUCCAGCUAAUGUAGCUCACGCUACACACACACACACACACAGCAUCUCAUCAUCCAGUCUCACCCGCUCUCUCCUGCUGCUCACAGCUUUCGUCCAUCACUAGCCGAUGUCAAAGGUCUUUCAUAGUCCUCCUUCCACUUUCUUCAAGGUGUGCCAGGGUUCACACGCUGAACCAGACUAUCUGAAACACACACACACACACACACGCACGCUCCUCGAGUAGAAGACACAGAACGUCACAUUUCUGAGGACGGGUCUGAAUAAACAAAAUGUCGUCCUCAAAGGGUGGACGUCAACGCCCAACUCCACGUUACCUUUCCUGUUUCAUGAUGGGGAUUACGCAACGGCUCCCUCCUCGCUUGUACCAAAGUGCUGUCAACGGUUGUCGCACCUUCCGCUCGUCGAAGAACAACCUCAGACAACUAAACCACGAAAACGCCAUUCAGCCCGCUUUUUAAUACGGUUUCCAAUCACUGCUCCCAGCUUUCUCUCAAAACCAUCUGUCGUGCAUUGUUGCGUUAAGCACAAAUCCUGUCUAUAACACUUUGAGCUGGUGGUCGGAUGGAGAGGAAUCCAUCAGCGUAAAGGUACGCCGGACAUUUGAACACUUUAACUAGCUGAUCGCAGGAGAGUUCGGUGAGAAACAGGGGACACUUGGAGUGAAGACGAUAAGCGAUCGACGUGCGGUCGGCUACUAUGCGUUUCCUCAGUCCACUCUCUCAACAGUUGACGUUGUUUUUAAUAGUUUAGCUACAGUAUUUUUCCUGCAGCCUUUUCCCCCCACAAAGAUGCACCAGCCACCAAAUAAAAGACUCGACAAGAACUCUAAGCCCUUGUGUUCGGGAAAGGGGUUGGACGGAUAGCUGGAGUAUUCGUUUGGGUAUUUAGAAAUAUUUUUAAAGGGAAAGAAAAAAUAUUCCACUGUCUUCCAUGCAUGUAGGGUGUUGAGAUGUUUUAGUGAUUCCAUUUAGCCUAACUAUUUUUUUUUUUUUGACAAAAAAAAAAAAACCUAUUAUAAAAGGAGAGCGGGUGUGAGUAACAGACCAAAUAAACAAAUGAACUUCUCCAGAAACGAAAACUUCAUUCUGCCCAGUCCAGUGCUUCAUGCUGGUGUUUGGUUUCUCUAGGAUUUCCGUGGUAUUUCAUCGCACGUUUUCAUUACAGGCAUUCGUGACACGCCGACCACGUUACGCGAAAACCUUUCCGAGGAGGCCAUAGCAGUAAACCAAUAACUCCGACUACGAAAACCGUUCCAGAUAUCAUGAAGUUCUUUGGGUUGGCCUCUCAUGUUACUGUGUUGUGUGUACGGGUGUCUGUUUUUUAAGGGUUGGGUUGUCUCGUCACUCACUCGUGCUUUUGAACUGAUUGUAUUGUACGUGCAAUUGAAAGCACCUGUUCCUUGGUAAAGCAUGCUGUCCUUUUUCCUUUUUCUUUUAUUGUUGUUGCCUACAAU